GCAUUCUUGUCUUGUCCGGUUUUUGUUUGUGCCAUUCGGCUUUAUUUCGGAAAUUUCGGAAUUCUAAUUGAUUUGAUUCUUAAUUGUCUCGUUCAUCAUGGGUAAAGAAGAUGUCGUAAAAAAGCGCAGGAAAUUAACUUCAAAUUCUUCUGCUAGUGAGAGUAGUAAACCAGGACCAACUGAUGUGUAUAAGCGUGUAGUGGAAUUCGAGGAAGCAGAGGCACAGUUGCGGCCUGCCGAGAAGGAUGCACAGUUAUUUAAAAAGAUAUGUCAGGAAAUCAGACAAAUAUUUGCUGAUAUUGCAGAAUUAAAAAAUAAGGACACAGAGGAGGCUAAGGAAAAAAUCAAUAUCAAGCGAGUCGAAGCCUCAUUGCAUUUGGUUGCUCUGAAGAAAUUAAAUCGCUUGGAAAAAGUUCGGACAAGAGCAGGCCGUGAUGCAUUACACAAAGAAAAGCAAAGAGUGGAUUCUACACACCUUCAUUUGCAGAACCUCUUGUAUGAAGCUGACCACCUCAAUAAAGAAGUCACUAAAUGUCUCCAAUUUAAAUCAAAAGAUGAAGAAAUAGAACUUGUGCCACUUGAAGAUUUUUACAAGGAUGCUCCAGCUGAAGUAUCUCGCCCUGAGAUUACAAAAUCAGAUGAACAUCAACUCCAGCUCGCAAGACUUGAAUGGGAACUGCGUCAGCGCCGUGAGCUGUCUGGUGCAUGCAGUGAGCUUGUUGCAUCUAAAGAAAGAGUUGCAGCUGCCAUUGCUGCUGCACGAUCCAGGCUUGAUGCUCUAUCGCCUCAUCUUCGAGAUGUACUCAAAGCAACCAAGCCACUGCAAGAGUGUUUAGCUCUCAGAUUAGAUGAGAAAAGGGAUGAAGCUAGAUUAGCCUCCUUACUUCCGCCUCCAUUAUUUUUACUGUAUGCCAAUUCUAGUGCAUAUUCUGAUGCCCUUGGCGCCAAAACAGUUACAGUUGCUAUUACUGGAGAUGAAGAUGAAGCAAGAAGAUUGGAACAGCAAAAUAAUGUUGAUAGCGAAUUAGUUGCAUCUAAUGAUUCUGACUCAGACCAAGAGAAUAAUGAUGAAGAUCAAAGAGAGAAAAAGAAGCGUCAUCACAGGUCUUCAAAAAUAUCCAAAGAAGAGAAGGCAGAAGCUAAAAAGAAAGAAAUAUUUAGAAGACAUCCAUUGCAUGUGCAAGUAUCAGUUAUUGUGCAAGAUGGCACAGCUUUGAACUUAAUAUUCUCACACCUUUUAAAUUUGAAAAUUAUUGUAGUGAAGUUUACAGUUACUCUCUCAAAACCAGUUACUGGUGUAUCUGCUGCUGAUGUUUUGAACGGACAUUGUAUUUUAAAUGAACUCUAUCCAUCUGACACUGGUGACGAUUCUCCACAUCCAGCAACUGCAUAUCUCCUCAAAGCUGCUGGAAUAACUGAAGAAUUUCAGUAUUUCAUUCCAGAAGUUGGGCGUCCAUACAUAUGGGCGCAGAGAAUGUGUGGUUUGGAUUUUAUGGCUACCUUAACAGAUGAUCAAAAAAGCAUGAAAGUUGUACAACCUUGUCCUUCUUUGAGUGUAACUACUGUUGAAAACUUCAUUUUGACAUUGAAGAAACGGUUGAAAUCUAGAGUGGAACUAAUGAAAGAGUUGCAAGACCUAGAAUCUGGUAAGAUAUUGCCUGCUAAAGGAACCUCUUGGCCUAUAAGGUUAUCUGGAUCAUUAACACAAUGGCAAUCUGUAGGGUGGCCAGAAUACACUCAAUCGCCAUCUACUGCAUUUUUAAUUUCUGAGGGUUUAGUAAACAGCAAUGAUAUGCUUUACAGAGCAAUAAUCACAAGACAGUCUGCCAAAUUAGUAGCAUUAGUUGCACUGAGAAGUGAUUAUCCAAAGAAAGCUCCCAUUUUUUCACUAACUCUUCAUUGGAAUGGCACUCACCAUGCUGGAAUUAAUGACGAUAUAAGAGACAUUGAAAGAGUGAUAAACACAGAUUGGGGAACUAAAGAUGAAAAACUGCAUACUUUAUCUACACAGAUGACCAAACUGUUGACGUACCUUGAUAUUUUACUGGAAACUACAGGCUCAUCAGAAUUUCCACCUGACAAAGUGAUGUUUAACCCAGUAAGAGGUAGAAAUAGAGUUAAGCCAUAUAAGUAUGUAAACCAAGGGACUGGUGUGUUUGUUCAGUUUUAAAUAAAACUUGUCCUGA